AUGUGUGUCUUAUCAAUCCCGUUUCCUGCAGCCUCGAGUUUUUCACAUAAAUGGCUAUUUGGGCAGGCAGGCUGCGACUGGGCAGCGUAUAUCUCAUUCUUUGUUGGCUUCUCCGGGGUGCUUAUUCUUGCGAUGAUCUCCGUUGAUCGGCUCAUCAUCAUUGUCGCAACGUCAGUACGAAUGAUUUCGAAAAGAGUUGCCUUAUUACUGAUAGGCGCAUGUGUUGCUGUAUCGGUAGUGUUCGCCACCAUGCCUCUACUAGGAUGGAGUUCCUACACGCUUGAGGGUGCAAACAUUUCGUGCAGUGUAAAUUGGCAAGGCCGAUCCCCGGGAGACACUUCCUAUGUUAUAACAAUAUUUAUAUGCUGCUUUCUUAUCCCAGUUGGUGUUAUAAUUUACUGUUACGGCAGAAUUUAUUUUCACGUCCGAAGAACUACUAGCAAUUUAAGCUUUGACACUGGCAUUGGCCCUGGCACUGGCAUGACGGUUCAAAUGAGAAAGAUUUUUGCGAUGGAAAAAAAGAUGACUUUGAUGAUUGCCAUCAUAGUUGGAACAUUUCUUUUAUCAUGGAGUCCAUACGCCAUUGUGUCACUCUGGGCUGCAAUUGGUGACCCCGACAGCAUCCCGAUGGUGGCUGUUGUUAUCCCGGCGGUAAUAGCCAAGUCAGGCGUUAUUUGGAAUCCAUUUAUAUACGUGGUGAUGAACAAGAACUUUAGGGCUGCCCUUGUAAGAGUGUUGCCAUUCCCUUGUUUAAAACAAACUAUAGAACCUACACAACGCCACGAUUUACGGAAUAGAGGGAAAAAUUCCGGGAAUAACGAUUUAAAUAGCAAAGCGGUAUCUCCGCAUCGUAUACAGACAACUAAUGACUUUAUAGUAAACACACCCGUGUAACCUCGGAUGGGGCAGUACUCAAAUCGUAUUUUCAGGUCUAAGUGGCAUAGUGGUAUCGCAGCAUCGUAUACAGACAACUAAUGACUUUAUAGUAAUCACACCCGUGUAACCUCGGAUGGAGCAGUACUCAAAUCGUAUUUUCUGGUCUAAGUGGCAUAGUGGUAUCGCAGCAUCGUAUACAGACAACUAAUGGCUUUGGUAAACACACCCGUGACAUAACCUCGAAUGGAGAAGUACUCAAAUCGUAUUUUCUGGU